AUCUCCUUUGAUGGAAACCUUAGCUGUGCGGUCUUUUAGGUAUGUGUUGAACCAAGACUCAACAGUUCCUUUUAUUCCAAAUUGGCUCUGGAGUCUCUGUAGAAGGAUGCCGUGAUCGACCGUGUCGAAAGCGGCCUACAUGUCAAGCAAGACCAUAAAAACAGCUUUGUUUUUAAUCAGGGAACAAAGAAUAUCAUUUUUGACCCUAAGAAGGGCAGUCUCGGUACUGUGAUGAUGCGUGUACGCGGACUGGAACUGUUCACCUAGUUUGUAGCUUUCCAUGUGGUCAAUAACUUGACGUGUCACGGCCUUCUCUAUAACCUUGGACAGAAGAGCUACGAUUACUGGAGCCAUCAUUAUCUGGCCAGAUUGGGUAUUCCCGGAGGAAACGCAAAGCCGUUUAUCGGUAACACCCUUGACUUCAUGGGCGACAAAAAUGGAAUACAAGGAUACCACGAGAAGGCAUUUGCUCGCUACGGGAAAAUAUUUGGUUUUUAUGUCGGCUGGCGCCCCGUACUACUGACUGCAGAUGUCGAUUUCGUCCGGAUGUUGUGCAUCAAAGAUUUCUCUAAUUUCAACAAUCGGAGAAAGCAGGUGAUUGACAACAAGCCAUUUGACAAGGCAUUGAGUGUCCUGAGAGAUGACCAUUGGAAGGACGUGCGUGUAAUCCUUAGUCCAACUUUCAGCGGUUCCAAGAUGAAGCUGAUGGCGCCACUCAUCAACGGUUGCCUCGAUCCUAUGAUCAGGAAAGUUGCUAAACACCAUGAAGAAGGCAAGAGCUUACAGAUGAAAGAUAUCUACGGUGGAUAUCUGAUUGAUGCUAUCGGCAACUGCGCUUUCGGGCUGACCCUCAACUCGCAGGAAACUGAAAACGACCCCUUUCUCUUCCAUGCCAAAGACAUUUUUACUCAGAGAUUGAACUUGGCAACCUUCGUUAUGCUGUUCGCACCAUUCCUGGGUCCUGUGCUGAACUAUUUCAACGUCAGUACCUUCAAGCGGUCAACUAUGGAUUUCUUUGAGAACAUCAUGGACCAGGCAGUGGAACUCCGGAGGAGUGGAGCAGAGCGGAGAAUAGAUUUCCUGCAGCUCAUGUUAGACGCACACAAGAAAUCUGACUUGACGGCUGAAGACAAGGCACAGGCGACCGAGGAAGAGAAGUUGGAAGAGGAACACCGCAAGCGCAUGAACAAUAAAUCCCUGACUAUGGAUGAACUCAAAUCACAGGGAUUGACCUUCUUUCUCGGCGGCUAUGAGACCUCCAGCACAACGCUGGGCUUCGCCUCCUACCUCCUGGCAACCAACCCGGAAGUUCAGGACAAGUUGGUGAACGAGAUUGACACCCUGGCCCCCGGACGCGAUGACCUCACCUAUGAGAAUAUCACCAAGAUGACCUAUCUGGACCAGGUCAUAUGCGAGACGCUGCGAGUGUAUCCUCCCGGCGUCAUCACUUCUCGUGAGACAAAUCGGGACUAUCAGUAUCAAGGGUACACCAUUCCCGAAGGCAUAGAGAUCUUCUUCUCAAUCUGGCAGAUCCAUCAUGAUCCAGAGCUGUGGGAGAACCCGGACAAGUUCGACCCCGACAGGUUCACACCAGAGCAACGUGAGAAGCGCCAUCCAUGCGCUUGGAUUCCAUUUGGUGCCGGCCCUCGCAACUGUGUUGGAAUGCGCUUCGCACUGCUGCAGACCAAAAUGGGAUUGGUUCGGAUGCUGCAGAACUUCCGUCUGGAGACUUGUGCAGAAACUGAGAUUCCACCAGUCCUGGGCACGCUUGGACUCCUGACUCCACCCAACGGUAUCAAACUGUCGGCUGUUCCUCGAUCCUAAGGACCUGACUAAGAAGGCUGGACGCACAGCGUUGGAAGAUUGUAACCUGAUAUGAUGAUAUUUCCCACGGAAUUCCCAAGUUAGGUGCCAUUUGCUCACUAAACAUUUAGACAUUUUCGUAAGUAUCAUGGCUGUAACCAAAGUGAGCAUCGAUAGCUUUUGAUUCCAUGUCAUUUAGACAUGUUCCUAGGUAUCAUAACUGUAACCUCAUCAGUGAGCAUCGAUAGCUUUGGACUCCAUGUCAUUUAGACAUGUUCCUAAGUAUCAUAACUGUAACCUCAUCAGUGAGCAUCGAUAGCUUUGGACUCCAUGUCAUUUAGACAUGUUCCUAAGUAUCAUAACUGUAACCUCAUCAGUGAGCAUCGAUAGCUUUUGAUUCCAUGUCAUUUAGACAUGUUCCUAAGUAUCAUAACUGUAACCUCAUCAGUGAGCAUCGAUAGCUUUGGACUGCAUAUCAUUUAGACAUUUUCGUAAGUAUCAUAACUGUAACCUCAUCAGUGAGCAUCGAUAGCUUUGGACUCCAUGUCAUUUAGACAUGUUCCUAAGUAUCAUAGCUGUAACCUCAUCAGUGAGCAUCGAUAGCUUUGGACUGCAUGUCAUUUAGACAUGUUCCUAAGUAUCAUAGCUGUAACCUCAUCAGUGAGCAUCGAUAGCUUUGGACUGCAUGUCAUUUAGACAUGUUCCUAAGUAUCAUAACUGUAACCUCAUCAGUGAGCAUCGAUAGCUUUUGAUUCCAUGUCAUUUAGACAUGUUCCUAAGUAUCAUAACUGUAACCUCAUCAGUGAGCAUCGAUAGCUUUGGACUGCAUAUCAUUUAGACAUUUUCGUAAGUAUCAUAACUGUAACCUCAUCAGUGAGCAUCGAUAGCUUUGGACUCUAUGUCAUUUAGACAUGUUCCUAAGUAUCAUAGCUGUAACCUCAUCAGUGAGCAUCGAUAGCUUUGGACUGCAUGUCAUUUAGACAUGUUCUAAGUAUCAUAACUGUAACCUCAUCAGUGAGCAUCGAUAGCUUUGGACUCCAUGUCAUUUAGACAUGUUCCUAAGUAUCAUAACUGUAACCUCAUCAGUGAGCAUCGAUAGCUUUGGACUCCAUGUCAUUUAGACAUUUUCGUAAGUAUCAUGGCUGUAUAAACCGCAUAAGUGAGCAACGAUAGCUUUUGAUUCCAUUUAAUUUAGACAUUUGUCCUAAGUUUCAUAACUGUAACCUAAUAGGUGAGCAUCGAUAGCUCUGGAUUUCGUGUCAUUUAAGGGAAUGAUUUGUUUUUAAUCUUUGGGGUUUGUAGUUUUGUUUCCUGUUGGAAUUUUAUCCUGACCUGUUUUUCGAGUUGCCCUGCACACAUUUAUACGUGUUGGGGUCACAGAAGAAAUUUUAUUUACAAAUGGAGCACUUUAUUCUUGCGUCAUUAUUUAUGACUGAAUUUCUUUCACUUAAAAUUACAUGUUGUGUCAUGUUAAUUGUAAACGAACGGAAGCUUAAUUGGCAUAGAGUUAUUGAAAUAUACUUGUAAUAACUGUGUUGAACCACCAUUUUAACUGAAAUAGUUUGUGUCACUUUUUUUUUUAUAAAUGGUAGAUAUGGAAUACUGUUUAUAGAAUUUAAAUUGAAUAUUGUUGUUUUCGCUUUAGGUACAUUAAAGGCUUUACAGUUAUCAUAAUCUAUUUUAGGAUCCCCGUGGGGGGAAAAUUGAGAUUCUUCUUUGAAAUUCGUGAUCAAGCCUGCUAUGAGGAAAACCAACCCAAUCAUGGGCGAAUGGAACUUAGAAUGAAUACUAACAAGCACUGUAUUCCUCUUUGGUCUAAAGGCUUGGAUAACUUCGAAGAUUUAAGUUCUACUUUCUUAUAACCCCAGCAAAGCAGCUUGCAAUUGCAGAUUUUGUAGAUUUAAGUAGUGCUUAAUUUUUAAAUUUGAAUUUUCAAUAAGCAACACAAAGUUUGAAAAAGAAAAACGUCCAAGCACGUAUUAAAAUCAAAUAACAGCGACUUCUUUUAUCAAAUCGUUUUUGUUGAGAAGAAGUCUUUGCUGCCCAAAAUGAGUUUCAACAUGGAUGUAGGAAUACCUUCAUGGUUAUACAAUAGUUGUAAGCUACUAAUGUUGUAAAACAAAUCUAUAGUGAUAUUUUUAAAGGUAUUUUGAAGUACACGUAUUUUAAUUGGCUAAUUAAGGUAAAAAUACUCUUAAUAUUAAAAGGCAAAGAUAAAAAAAAAUUGUACUGGUUUUA